GGCUCCUGGGAAGGCUGGUGAUCAGAAGACUACAAACAGCGGUGGCAAAAAAAAUACAGUUUGUAACAAUAUUUUCUCCGAUUUCGAGUCCAAAUACGACAUAAUUCCCUCCGUAAUAGAUUCUCGAUAUUACCGUGGAGGCUAAUGUGAGGAAACACUGUGUCUGCGUGGCUUAUGAGAUCGUCCAGGGCUGAUUUUAUGCGACGGAGUCAGGUGUGGUUUUUCAGUCGGCAGGACAGGUGGUGGGGGAAGCACGCAAGAACAGGGCUACUCCGGCAGGUUCCGCCGCCACGGCUGCACUUAGGACGUCUUUAACACCUUCUCGAGCUUGCCUGGCCUGGGGUAACGCCACGGGGCUAGGCAGGCGACCACCGGUGUUUCGAUGAGGGCAUGAAAGGCCGUGACUACUGCGUCGUUCCGACCGUGGACCCUCCCGGCUCAGCGUCAGCCUCACCCCUCUCCCCCUCCUCCCCCGCCGCAGAACCCAAGAAGAAGAUGCCGCAGAGAAAGUGGGAAGUCCAUCCCGGCCGGAACAAGUUCCACUGUAACGGCCGGAUCAUGAUGGCCAGACAGACCGGCAUCUUCUACUUCACUGUGGCGCUCAUUGUGGUCACCUGUGGACUGUUCUUCGGGUUUGAUUGUCCAUACCUAGCGGUCAACCUGACCCCGGCCAUACCGGUCAUCGGCAUCGUGCUGUUUGUGUUCACCAUGUCCACCCUGCUGCGGACCAGCUUCAGCGACCCGGGGGUCAUCCCUCGAGCCACGCCCGACGAGGCUGCAGACAUCGAGAGACAAAUUGAGGUACCAAACGGACAGCCCUCUCCGUCCUACAGACCCCCGCCCAGGCAGAAGGAGGUUGUGGUGAACGGACAGACCAUCAAGCUCAAGUACUGCUUCACCUGUAAAAUAUUCCGCCCACCCCGGGCCUCCCACUGCUCCAUCUGUGACAACUGUGUGGAGCGAUUCGACCACCACUGUCCGUGGGUGGGAAACUGCGUCGGCAAGCGGAAUUACCGCUACUUCUACAUGUUCAUCCUCUCACUGGCGCUACUGUGCGUGUUCCUGUUCGCCUGUGUCAUCACCCACAUCAUCAUGCGUUCCCAGAAGGCUAAUUUCCUGAAGGCAAUGCAGCAAUCCCCAGCUAGUGUUCUGGAGGCUGUGGUGUGUUUUUUCUCUGUUUGGUCCAUCCUGGGGCUGGCUGGCUUCCACACCUACUUAACUACAUCCAACCAGACUACUAAUGAAGAUAUAAAAGGCUCCUGGUCCUCAAAAAGAGGACGAGAUAAUUAUAAUCCUUACAGCCAAGGAGGGAUUGUGAAAAAUUGUUUUGCUGUCCUGUGUGGUCCCACCACACCAAGCCUGCUGGACAGACGAGGGCUGGUGGAGCCUGACCCCACCCCUCAGCAGUACACCAUGCAGAUGAACGGCACAGGUGUCAGACUGGGGAACUACGGAGCCAUCCCCACCCAGACCACUACUGUACAGCCCCCAGCACAGCCUCAGCAGGAGACUUCUGAACCAAGUCCAAAUGAAGAAAUACCCUCCAGUUGAUCCCAAGUCCAUGAUCUGGACGACAAUCACCAAAAAACCGCCAGUAAGACUACAGAAUCACCCGAGACAGCCAAGAGCAACAAUACCACGGACAGCGGAUACAGUGGUUACCAGGGUAACACGGCUACCACGCCCAACGAAACCGCCUCCACGCCCGGCGCCCUUCCACCGAUCAACGGUGCCGAGUCUGUGGCGUCCAUCGUGUCCAGUCCUGCCGUUUUACCAACCCUCGCCCCGCCGCCAGCCGGCGCUAACCCGCCCGUUACGCCAGUACAGAGUACCUCGCCGCCGCCACGGUCUGUCUCCGAGGGGGACGCUCUCGGAGACGACUACAACAAGGGGAUGUCCAACUUUGGGUCUAUUUGAUUGCACUUGAUUGUCAAAAUUGUACAUAGUCUAGGGAAAUGACUGUAAGAAUAAUUGAUGUAAUAUUGUUUCCUUGUGUCCAUCCUGACAGAGGGAAAUCCUUGAUGUUUAUGUAAUACAUAAGGACAAGUUUUUACUAAUAGCAAAGUAGGCAGAAAUGGCGUGGUCUCUUUCUAUUAAGUUGUAACAAACGUUAACAGUAGUGAUUGCACAAAGGUGCAUAUAGAACUGUGAUAUUUCAUCAACAAAGAUAGUGGCUGUAGGAAAAGUGUCAGAUUGUGUCAAAUGUGCGCAUUUGAUGUAAAGCCCUCUGGCAUCUACUUUUCAUCAAGCUCUUUUUUACAGUUUUAUUGAAGACACUAGAAUCAUAGAGAUGUAAGGUAUAUACAGCUGUAUGUUCUGGAAGUGGAAAAAUCAACUGUGCAUAUACAAUUCUUUUUGAGUACAGGGAAAACUGUAGUUGUGUGUGUAUUGAGAAGGGUUUCAUUAAAAACCACAGAUCUGAAAUUUUUAUGUUUGCUUUCAAAAGGGCUUCAAAUGGCACAGAACUAAGCGCAAGAGAAAAUGUUUGUGUGCGUUUGUGCUAAAUCUAAAGACAGCUGUACACUUAGCGAUUGAACUGUGAGUACCACGAGACUGUUGUUUGUUGUCAUCUUCAACAAAUCCAUUAAAUGUACUUGGAGUGAUUGUAGAUAAGUCAUUAUUGUACUGUUCUUGUCCAGAGGACCAUGUCUAUAAGCUGAUAUUUCUCAGGAAUCCUUUUGGUUGUGGUUUUAUCUCUUCCUUUUUUUUUUACGUUUAAAGUUUAAAGACCAAUAUGUUAACAUUAUGGUUGCUUCAGAAGGACGGUGGCACUUGUGAUGUAAAUAUUGAAUCUACACCCUUCUUCUGUUGUGUAAUGUGCUAAGAGAGGGCAAUUGUUUUUUCUGAUACGUAGUACUUUGCUGGCUCAUUGACAACACUUAGCAAACUUACCGACUUGAGCUUUCUGCUUGUGACAAAAAGGACAUCGUAGAAAUGGUAUGACAGUUGUGCUUGGUAAAGAAAAAGGGAUAGGGCCUUUCGGAACUUCUUUUCAUGUUGAGAAAAUCUUGAAACAAGGCGAGGGCAUCACUGAACUCACUGCCAUAACAUUAGCAAUCUUUUCUUUUUCAAUAGUUACCUAACAUCAUACUGCACUGCAUCUAAAACCCUAGGACUUCACCGAGGGUCAAUGUUUAUAAAUUCCGAGGAAGGACUGUUCCAAAUCACAUCGGAAUCAUGCAGUUUGUACAGAAAUAACCAGGAUGUACAGAAAUGAUAAAAAAUGUGUACAAUAAGGAUUUAACAUUGAUAGGUGUAUAAUGUGUAAAGUCUGUUGUGUCACCAUAUUUGUAAUUGCCUUAAUGGGAUAUAGAUAUUAACCAGAAGUAAUUUAUACAGGAUACUCAUCUUUCAAGUUCUAGUUGAAAGGUAUAAUAUUGCCGGAAUGAAAGUGUCAUAAAUUUACAGGUGUGCAAUUACAGAUGUGGGGGUGAAGUUUGGUAAUGCAGAUAUUAGCGGAAAUGUGCACUUCCCAAAGAAAUUGGCUCACCCCCCACCCCCCACCCCCUCAUUUUAGUAUUGUUUGAAAAUUUGAUGUAGUACAGAUAUGCAUGCCAUACAUGAGGACAGUUUUAUACGUGUUUGGUGUAAGAAUUUAUGUAUUUCGUAUGACUAGGCUAUUAUUCUAGAAAUUCCAAGUCUAACACCAGAAAAACAAGAAGAACACAAGGCAUACUGGACCCAUGAACAGAUGCCAUGUCGAUAUUUUGUCCAGAUUUGCGAUUGUUUUGACCCCCGUUUAAAAGAUUUACCAUUGCUUGGUAUUGAGGGGAAAAAUUGGAAAUGCACUCUUCCAGUAUGUGAUUUGGGAGAGUAGUUAGAGCUUUUUUGUAAGCUUGAAGUUUUCCCCAACCACAUGUUUUAUAAUGGCCCCAUUGUACUCCGUACUAUUGAUAAAGCUUUGCCAUGACUGUACUUGCUACAACUUCAAGUUCACCACCAGAAGCACUAUUUUCAAAAAUCCAAAGCAAGCUUUUUCAUUCUACCAUCUAUGUAGAGAUAAUAUGUAGCAAAAUGCUCAUGUUGUUGCUGCAACGUUUUACUUUUUUGCCAUGGUAGCUUACCGCCGAGUUGUCUGACUAACUUGUGCCUUUUGCCAAAUUGUGUAAAUAAAAACCACCCAGAUACUAUGUAUAAAACCUUAUUGGCAAAAAAAAAAUCAAAGUUUAAGAUGGGCACAUUCUGUUGUGAUAGAAGACGGCAUGUGUAUGUGAACUGUUGUCUAUAUCGGCUGCUCAGUUGUAAAGACCCCAGUCAGAGAAUAUGUAACAAUGGUAAAUGAUAAGUGGAAAAUAUCAGGAGCAUAGAAACGUACUUAUUCUGGCAUGUGAACGUGCGGACACAGGAUUGUGUGUUGAAAACGUGAAUGUAUGCUCCAAACUAGUAGCGACUGGCUUUUCAGAAUCAGUAGUGUUACAUCCCUUAUUUUCUACAGCUGUAGCAUUAUGGUUUGUAUUGUUUAUAAAUGUAAAUGUUGUAUGCAGCAUUUCUUUCGUUUUGAUUUAUUGAUGUAAAUCUGUGAAAAUAAACUGGAGCUUCAUGCAGGCUUUAA